UCCUGGCGCCGGAAGAGAAGCGGGUCUCUUUGGGGCCGGCCAUCUUGUAGUGGUAUCGCGAGCAGGGGGCUGGGGCCUGGGCAGCAUCGGAGGAGGAUCCCGCCGAGAGGGGCCCAUCAUGCCCGGACACCUGCAAGAAGGGUUCGGCUGCGUCGUCACCAACCGCUUCGACCAGCUCUUUGACGACGAGUCGGACCCCUUCGAGGUGCUGCGGGCGGCCGAGAGCCGGAGGAAGGAGAGCGGCGGCGGCGGCGGGAGCCAAGGGGGCGGCGGCGGGGCCCGCAGCGCGCAGGCGGCCCAGGCCAACUCCUCUGGCGGGGUCGGCAGCGGGGGCUCGGGCCAGGCUGGGGGAGGCGGCGGCGGCGGCGGCGGCAGCAGCAGCGCGGCCAAGCAGCUGCGCAGGGAGUCCCAGAAAGAGCGCAAGAACCCGCUGCCCCCCUUCGCUGCCGCGCCCGGGGGCGCCGGCGACCGCAGGGAGGAGGGCAGCGGGCAGCCCGCCGCGCCGCUUAGGAAGGAAGGUAUAAGACGAAUUGGCAGACGGCCUGAUCAGCAGCAGCCUCAGGGUGAAGGCAAGCCUAUUGAGAGGAGACAGGAGAGACGACCGCCUCGUGAACGCCGAUUUGAUAAACCUGCUGAAGAGAAGGGUGAAGGAGGGGAAUUUUCUGUGGAGAAACCCAUUAUUGACCGACUUAUACGUGGUCGUGGUGGUCCAGGCGGAAGAGGUGGACGUGGUGGUCGUGGACGUGGAAUGGGCAGAGGAGAUGGCUUUGACUCCCGUGGCAAGCGUGAAUUUGACAGGCAUAGUGGAAGUGAUAGAUCUUCUCUCUCACAUUCCCAUUUCAGUGGCCUAAAGCAUGAGGAUAAACGUGGUGGCAGUGGAUCACACAACUGGGGAACCGUCAAAGAUGAGCUAACUGAUUUGGAUCAGUCAAACGUGACCGAGGAAACACCAGAAGGAGAGGAACAUCCACCUGCUGAUUCUGAGAAUAAAGAGAAUGAGGUGGAAGAGGUUAAGGAAGAAGGCCCAAAAGAAAUGACCCUGGAUGAAUGGAAAGCUAUUCAGAACAAGGAUCGUGCAAAAGUUGAAUUCAACAUCCGUAAACCAAAUGAGGGUGCUGAUGGGCAAUGGAAAAAAGGAUUUGUUCUUCAUAAGUCAAAGAGUGAGGAGACAAAGGGGAUGACAGAAAUGCCGGGGAGUCUGCUGGAGUCAAAUGAGGCUCAUGCUGAAGACUCUGUAAUGGAUCAUCACUUCCGUAAACCAGCAAAUGAUAUUACGUCCCAGCUGGAGAUCAAUUUUGGAGACCUUGGUCGCCCCGGACGUGGUGGCAGAGGUGGUAGAGGUGGCCGGGGGCGUGGUGGAAGGCCUAACCGUGGAAGCAGAACUGACAAGUUGGUGAAGGAGUUUGACGUGAUCCACACACCCAAUCAGUCAAGUGCUUCUGCUCCUGAUGUAGAUGACCCAGAGGCUUUCCCAGCUCUGUCCUAAACUGGAUGUCAUAAACCAACUCUGCCCUUUGCUGGGCCCUCCUCUACGAGGCUUGCAUGCUUAAGGAUCCUAAACAACUAAGAAAUUUAAAAAAUGAGACUGUCAUUCAUACCAUUCACACCUAAAGACUGAAUUUUAUCUGUUUUGAAAAUGAACUUCUCUCGCUACACAGAAGCAACAAUAUGGUAGUCUGUUUUGUAUUUAGAAAUGUAAUGGUAGCAGGGAUGUUUUCAUAAUUUUUUCAGAGAUUAUGCAUUCUUCAUGGAUACUUUUUUGUAUUGCUGCUUGAAAAUAUGCGUUUCCAAACUUGAAAUAUAGGUGUGAACAGUGUGUACCAGUUAAA